CUGAGGUCUGUAUCUGUAGACCUGAAUGUUGAUCCUUCUCUCCAAAUUGAUAUACCUGAUGCCCUAAGUGAAAAGGACAGAGUGAAGUUCACUGUGCAUACUAAGACUACACUGCCAGCUUUUCAAAGCCCUGAGUUUUCAGUUACAAGACAGCACGAAGACUUUGUGUGGCUGCAUGAUACACUCACUGAAACAGAAGAGUAUGCGGGACUCAUUCACCUUCAAAGCCUGACUUUGAUGGUCCCAGAGAGAAGAUGCAGAAGCUAGGGGAAGGAGAAGUGUCUAUGACAAAAGAAGAGUUUGCCAAAAUGAAGCAAGAACUAGAAGCUGAAUACCUUGCUGUCUUCAAGAAGACUGUAUCAUCACAUGAGAUCUUCCUUCAGCGGAUUUCUUCUCAUCCUGUGCUCAGCAAAGAUCGCAAUUUUCAUGUUUUCUUGGAGUAUGACCAGGAUCUGAGUGUUCGGAGGAAAAACACAAAAGAGAUGUUUGGUGGCUUUUUAAAAAGUGUGGUAAAGAGUGCUGAUGAAGUACUCUUCUCUGGAGUCAAGGAAGUAGAAGACUUUUUUGAGCAAGAGAAGACUUUUCUUGUAAACUACUACAACAGAAUCAAGGAUGCAUGUGCAAAAGCAGAUAAGAUGACAAGAUCUCAUAAAAAUGUUGCAGAUGACUAUAUUUAUACUUCAGCUUGCUUGAACAGCCUGGCAUUAGAAGAACCUACAGUUAUUAAAAGGUACUUGUUGAAAGUUGCUGAGCUCUUUGAGAAACUCAGGAAGGUAGAGAGUAGAGUUUCGUCUGAUGAAGACUUAAAGCUCUCUGAGCUGUUGAGAUAUUACAUGCUCAAUAUAGAAGCUGCUAAGAAUCUUCUGUACAGACGUACAAGGGCUCUUGUCGACUAUGAAAACUCAAACAAAGCUCUAGAUAAAGCCAGACUAAAGAGCAAGGAUGUCAGGCUGGCUGAGACACAUCAACAGGAUUGUUGUCAGAAGUUCGAAAAGAUUUCAGAAUCUGCAAAACAAGAACUGAUGAGCUUCAAACAGAAGAGAAUAGCAGCAUUCCGCAAAAACCUAAUUGAAAUGGCAGAACUGGAAAUAAAACAUGCAAAGAACAAUGUCUCUCUCCUGCAAAGCUGUAUUGACUUGUUCAAGAACUAAGGCGCCUUAUUCUGAAAAUGUGGAGAAAAAGAAAAGCAUCAAUUGCGCUCAAUGGCCAGGGGUGACUUAUUGGCUUGACUUUAUUAGCUUAAAAUAUUGUCACUGAGAUUCUGUUUGACUAAUGCUUAAAUAUGUUGAUAGUGAUACAUUGACUUUUGUGGUAUAAAUGAGAGAUGAAUUGUGUAUGAAUUUUCUGGAUGUAGCUAACAUCCCAUUGACCGAUAACUCAAAAUGAGUCAAAUGUAAGAAAUCAACUUGCUGUUGACUGACUUCAUCUAGCAGAAAAUGUUUUCUGAGAACUCCUUUUUUGCAGGACCAUAAAGUAAUCUGUCUCUUCGUAGCCCUGAUAUAUUUAAAAUUUGCAAGUGGGAGUGAGUUAUGUAAGUAGUAAUUUUAUAAAGUAAAAAUACCUUAACAUUCCACUUCCCAGACAGAUUUCUACUACAACAUAUUUUGAAUUUGUAUAACUACAUUCAGUAUUUGUACACUCGGGCAAUACAGUAAAUAAAGAUGUCUGA